UCUCUGCUACACACCCGACACGUGUAAAUCUAAGAACCGUUUAUUCUUACGCCAUUGAUUUGGUACAAGAUUUAGCAGAGAGCGCUCUUUCUCUUUGUCCCCAUCUCCCUUUUUUGAAACCAUUGCACUCUGCGCACGUUAGCCUUCCACGGGGCGUCACCGCCACUUUUUCUAUCUUGUGCUUGAAGCUUCGAGAAGAGACAAAUACCAGAAACCCUCUUUUUUUCCCCUGAUCUCAGAUUCCGUUUUAGAUUAUUUUUUUUUUGUGUGUGCGUGUGUAUCUCUCUCGCUAAAUCUCUGCAUUUCGGAGGUGGCGAAGGGCCCUGAAGCUUCUGUUUCUUUCUUGUUCCAAGCUUAAUCCAGGAACUGGAGAGUUCUUGAUUGGAGUAUGUGGGGCUUGCAACGUGAAGCAUCCUCCAUGUACAAGAGAUCGUCACCAAGAGAGAAUACACCAAUGCUUGAUGUAGAAGAAAACUCAGCUCUUUUGCAGAAUAGCUUGAAUAUGGAAGCAGAAACUACAAGUCCCCCUUGGAAAUAUUCCUUCCCCCAUGUCAUUGUAGCCACGAUUUCGUCUUUCUUGUUCGGCUAUCACUUAGGGGUAGUCAACGAACCACUUGAAAGCAUUUCAUCGGAUCUUGGGUUUAGUGGUGAUACACUUGCUGAAGGUCUGGUGGUUAGUGUAUGUCUCGGUGGCGCAUUUAUUGGAUCUUUAUUCAGCGGAUGGGUUGCUGAUGGAGUUGGUCGACGUAGGGCCUUUCAGCUUUGUGCUUUGCCCAUCAUUUUAGGUGCCGUGAUAAGUGGAGCUAGUAAAACUCUUGCAUUCAUGCUUCUGGGACGGUUCUUGGUUGGGAUUGGUAUGGGUAUUGGGCCACCUGUGGCAGCACUCUAUGUGACAGAGGUCUCACCGGCUUCUGUAAGGGGAACAUACGGAAGCUUCAUACAGAUUGCAACAUGUCUGGGGUUGAUGGGUUCCCUCUUUAUCGGAAUUCCUGUACAUGAAAUCACUGGCUGGUGGCGGGUCUGUUUCUGGGUAUCGACAAUACCUGCUGUGGCACUCGCACUCGGGAUGUUCCUGUGUGCUGAGUCUCCACAUUGGUUGUUCAAGCAAGGGAAGACAGCUGAAGCUGAAGCAGAAUUCGAGCGAUUGUUUGGAGGGUUACAUGUUAAAACAGCAAUGGCCGAAUUACACCAACUAGAACUAGACAAUGGAGACGAGCCUGAUGUUGUCAGUCUCUCGGAAUUGCUAUAUGGUCGGCAUUCGAAGGUUGUUUUUAUUGGAUCAACCCUAUUUGCUUUGCAACAGCUAUCUGGUAUAAAUGCCGUCUUUUAUUUCUCUUCUGCUGUAUUUAAAAGUGCCGGAGUACCGUCGGGCCUUGCCAACAUCUUCGUAGGAAUAGCAAAUCUUUUAGGAUCUGUUAUUGCAAUGGUGUUAAUGGACAAACUGGGAAGAAAGAUUCUUCUUCUUUGGAGCUUUCUCGGCAUGGCGGUAUCGAUGGCACUUCAAGUCGGCGCGACAAGUUCAUACUUACCACAUUUUGGAGGGUUGUGUUUAUCGGUCGGCGGCACACUUAUGUUUGUGCUUACAUUCGCCACGGGAGCUGGUCCAGUGCCUGGUCUGCUCCUUCCUGAGAUCUUCCCGAGUCGAAUUAGGGCUAAAGCCAUGGCAAUCUGCAUGUCUGUCCACUGGGUGAUAAACUUCUUCGUGGGUUUACUGUUCCUGAGGCUGCUCGACCAGCUCGGUCCGAGGCUUCUGUACUCGAUGUUCUGCACGUUCUGCCUGAUGGCCGUGGUGUUUGUGAAGAAGAACGUUAUCGAAACCAAAGGAAAAUCCCUUCAGGAGAUUGAGAUUUCUCUGCUCGCAAAACCCUAAUGUAUCUCCCCAAGUUUUUUUUUACUUGGAACUGUGUUUAAUGUACUAAAUAAUGAGGUUUUAUUAUAUACUA